AUGGUCACCUUAGCAGAGCAGCGCCAAAACUCCAUAGUGCAGUUCAAUACAAUCUUUGCACAAGACUCUCGGAGCUGCCCUCUUAGAUGGGCUCCUUGCCAAGACUCUGGUCCCCCACCUCACGUGAAUGUAAAAGAAAAAGAAAAAAGUCAACCCUCGGACAUUGCUCUCCACUUCUCGGAUCUGGGCAUGACGUCACCAGAAGAGAUCCUUGAUAUAUGUUGUCUCCCACAGCAUGAGCUGGUAGUGGCAGCGGAGGCAGCAGGACGAACUGUACACUCCAUCGUGCAGGUGACGGUCGCUGACGUCAACGACAACGCCCCGCGCUUCCGUGAGAGCGACAUCCAUGUGGCCGUCGUGGAGGAGGAUGACCGACACCUUCCUGCCACCAUCUUCAAGGUGGAGGCGAUAGACCCGGACACAGUGGAUUCGUCAGGUCUCGUGUAUAGUGUUGGGGGCGAUGGUGUGGACGGUCACUCCCCCGCCCACGCCUACUUCACCAUUAACCCUCACACCGGUCAUCUCCUGCAGCUAAGGGCGCUAGAUCGUGACCCACCGCUGGGGAGAGAGACAUGGAGAGUGAAGGUACAGGUGAGAGAUGGACAGCGAGUCUCACCCUCCUUGGCAGCUGUGUCGCGAGCCUCAAGGAGACCUAGAGUCACCCACGCUCAGCACCGCUACUCCCACCAUGCUAAAGUGUCUCCAGAGGCUACGUAUAUUAUGCCACAGGAGCCCAGUGUGCCAGUACAGGGUCAUUACUUCUUGUCACGGUAUCCCCAAGUGCCGGGAGAGAGUCAGCAUUUUUUGUCACAAGAACCCAGUGGACUACAAGGUCAGUAUUUUCUGUCUCAGGAUCUUUUGAUGUCAAAUGAUGACGGAUUAGUGAAGAAGAGACGAGAUAAAGAAAUGAAAGAAGGAAGGCACGGAGCACAGGUACAGCAAAACACAAGAAGAAAAGAAAAACAGGAAAAAUACACCAGUACCGAGGACAGAAUGAUAAAUGAGGAAGAUGUUAUAAACCAGAGGUACAAGAGUGAAAGAUCUGGGAAAACAGAAGGGACAAAUUUCGCGUCAAAAUUUGUAAAAAAGAAAGGAGAAUUUAUCCAGAAAAAGAGGAGAACUGCAGAGAGGAAGAGGAAGUUACGAGACAAGAAUCACCGAAAGACGAAGGAGGAAACGUUAAUGGAUAAAAAACGGAAGAUACAAGGAGGUCGACAAUCCAGUGACGUUGUAACAAGGAGACUAGAAUUGCACAACUUAUCUUCCCGUCCAGGAUAUCGAUCGGAAUUUGGAGGUCGUAAAGUUCGCCAAAAGUUGAUACCGUUGACCUGGGGCAGUGAAGAAAGGCAGACCAGCCUCCUUGGUGACCAACACUCUGGGCAGACGACCCAUAUCGUAAAUACGUCACUUAAAGCUCGACCCUUGAGACUGAAAUAUCUCUCGCAUAGAAAACAUCAGCCAAUUGGUGUUCAAAGAAAAUUGCUGUCUGUCAGGGGCGUAAUGAAAUUAAAAGCCCCAAAACGAGAUUUAGGAGGCAAAAUAAAUGUUGGAAGGAAAAAAACACCCAAUGUUUAUACAGCUGAACGUGCCCGUUAUGCCAAUGAAACUUUGUCCAUUGCUAGACCUCAUGAAGCUCCUAAGAAUCGUGAUAUCGGCAAGUCAUCACAAAAACGAAACCCCGGUGGUCAAGAAGGUUCUAAUGAACCUCUCGAGAACAAACAUAGUUACCACUUUUCUGGAGCAAAUCCUUCAAGCACGACUGCUUCUAGAACUGAGCGUGACUUAGGGAGCACAGGGACGGAAGGAGGAGGGACAGACAGUAAGGAGAACAGAGGAGCUAUUGAUAAACGGGAGACGGGCCAGCUGUCAGGAAACCUACCUCAUGAGCAUCAGAUGCCAUUGAACUUUCUAGGCAUGAACCAGCUGCUACAGGAUCGACGCUACGUUAAGAGGUUCGGGGCAGAGGGGGGAGGCUGUGAGGACUAUGGAGUGUUUAACAUGGGCUGGGAGGAGACCGAGAAGAAAGAGCCGUCGUACAUGAGGGAGAUGAGGCGUGACCAAGUGCACGUAGCGGAGACGGUGGUGACGGUGGUGGUGAAAGACAUCAACGACAACGCCCCCGUGUUCCCCAACGCCACCAUCUACGGCGAGGUGCAGGAGAACGGCCCCAUCGACCUGUCGGUGGGCGUGGUGACGGCGUGGGACGCAGACGACCAGCAGGAGGGCACCAACGCCCACCUCACAUACUCCAUCGAGAAGAAUGUGAUCGACGAGCGCUCCGGCCAGGCCAUCUUUACUGUCAACCCCGAGACCGGCCUCGUCCGUACUGCCAUCUGCUGCCUCGACCGCGAGACCACGCCCGAGUACCACAUCCAGGUGGUGGCGGUGGAUGGAGGCGGCCUCAAGGGUACGGGAACGGUGGUGGUGCGGCUGGCAGACGUGAACGACAACUCUCCUCGGCUGACUCGUGACCUAUGGCAGGUGGAGGUGGACGAAACAUGGGGCGACGGAGCUCCUACCAACCACACGCUCCUCCAGAUCUCUACCACCGACCACGAUACCUCCAACUACUUCUUUUAUCGGGUGGUUGAGGCCAGCGGCUGGGGGUGGCAACACUUUGGGAUGAGGACGGAAGGAACCGCGGGUCAUCUUGUCGCCAUCAAGACGCUCGACUACGAAGACCAGGCACAGCGUCAGGGCUUCCGCUUCAUGGUGCAGGUCACAGACAGGGUGAGUCUUGUGUAUCUUGGUGCAGGUCACGGACAGGGUGAGUCUUGUGUAUCUUGGUGCAGGUCACGGACAGGGUGAGCCUUGUGUAUCUUGGUGCAGGUCACGGACAGGGUGAGUCUUGUGUAUCUUGGUGCAGGUCACGGACAGGGUGAGUCUUGUGUAUCUUGGUGCAGGUCACGGACAGGGUGAGCCUUGUGUAUCUUGGUGCAGGUCACGGACAGGGUGAGUCUUGUGUAUCUUGGUGCAGGUCACGGACAGGGUGAGUCUUGUGUAUCUUGGUGCAGGUCACGGACAGGGUGAGCCUUGUGUAUCUUGGUGCAGGUCACGGACAGGGUGAGUCUUGUGUAUCUUGGUGCAGGUCACGGACAG